CUGAAUCCCGUUCUCUGCAAGGAGAGACGACUCUCCAUGGGGGACGGCUUCUGCCCCGACUGCAAGCGGUCGACGGAGGUGGUGUUCGACCACUCCUCGGGGGACACGGUGUGCUCCGAGUGCGGGCUGGUUCUGGAGGCGCACUCCAUCGACGAGACCUCCGAGUGGCGCACCUUCGCUAACGAGUCCGGAGACAACGACCCCGUCCGCGUCGGCGGCCCCGCCAACCCCUUCCUAUCCGACGGCGGCCUCUCCACCGUCAUCUCCACACCUAAAGGUGCCCAGGGCGAUUUCCUCUCCUCCUCCCUCGGCCGCUGGCAGAACCGCGCCUCCAAUUCCGACCGGUCCCUCAUCCUCGCCUUCAAGGCCAUCGCCACCAUGGCCGAUAGGUUAGGUCUUGUUGCCACUAUCAAGGAUCGAGCCAAUGAGAUAUAUAAGAAAGUCGAAGAUCUGAAGUCUGUUAGAGGACGAAAUCAAGAGGCAAUUUUAGCUGCUUGUCUAUACAUUUCUUGCCGACAGGAGGACAAGCCUCGUACCGUAAAAGAGAUUUGUUCUGUUGCCAAUGGAGCUACAAAGAAGGACAUCGGUCGGGCUAAAGAAUUUAUCGUCAAACAGCUUGAAGUUGAGAUGGGAAAAUCCAUGGAGAUGGGCACAAUAAACGCAGGAGAUUUCUUGAGACGUUUCUGUUCGCAUCUUGGCAUGACAAACCAAGAAGUUAAAGCGGCUCAAGAAGCAGUUCAAAAGUCAGACGAACUCGACAUACGUGAAAUGUGCAGGAGGAGCCCCAUAUCAAUUGCAGCAGCUGUUAUCUACAUGAUAACUCAACUAUCUGAUGACAAGAAACAAAUCAAAGACAUAUCCCUCGCAACCGGUGUGGCAGAAGGCACCAUAAGAAACGCCUACAAAGAUCUUCAUCCGUAUGCUUCGAGGAUCAUUCCCACCUCCUUCUCCAAGGAGGAAGACCUAAAGAAACUUUGCUGCCCGUGACAGAACCCGCCAUCUCUACCUUCUUCCUCCGGAUGAUCUAAAGAACCUUUUGCAGCCACAAACUGCGAGCCUGAAAUUUUUGGACCGCCUGCCGACUAGGAUAAAUAUUUCUUUCCUGAUUGCUCUUAUAUAGCAAUUUUUCUCGUGUAAGUUCCAAUGAAAUGGAGAUAAUUUAGUUAGUGAACGGAUGCUUCAUGUAUUAUAAUUUAUUUACGCUCCACAUUUCUUC